GUGUUGGCCCCGAGCGUGACUGGUUUCCGGCCAGUGGCGCCUCACCGGCUUCCCGGAGACGUGUAACGGGUGGUGGGCCACAGCCAUGGCCGAAAGGAAACCUAACGGUGGGGGCGCCGCCUCCACCUCCUUGUCGGGCACUAACUUACUCUUCUCAUCCUCGGCAACGGAGUUCAGCUUCAAUGUGCCCUUCAUCCCAGUCACCCAAGCCGCCCCUGCCUCGGCCUCCUUGCUCCUGCCCGGAGAGGAUUCCACAGACGUUGGUGAGGAGGACAGCUUCCUCGGCCAGACUUCGGUUCACACGUCCACCCCACAGACGUUUAGUUACUUCUCUCAGGCAUCAAGCAGCGGCGAUCCGUUUGGGAACAUCGGGCAGUCGCCGUUGACAGCCGCGGGGGCAUCGGCUGGCCCGCCCGCGUUCUCCAAGCCCCCAGCUGCGCUCCCUUUCACACCCGCAUCCCAAGACGCGUGUCCACCGUCCAGCGCAAAGGCUCCACAUGGUGCUCCGCCUUCGUCACAGAUGGGAACGAACGCUUACUUGCCUUCUCAGCCGAGUAGUCUCCCUCCUUCAAAUUUUGGGAGCCCACCCCAAGGAAUGCCCCAACAAGGGUACAACCCCUAUCGCCAUACUCCCGUGAGCAGCAGAGCCAACCCUUACAUUACACCGCCACAGCUGCAACAGUGCCAAACCCCGGGCCACCCCGCCCAUCCGCCACCCUCCGGGCCCCCCGGGGCUCACCUGUACCAGACGCCUCCGGGACCUGUGCCGCCGAUCCCUCCUCCGGUGCAGCCAGGGCUGUCCCCUGCAGCACAGCCGCCGGCCCUGCCCAGGCCCCCGGGUCCCGCUGUGCAGGGGCCGCCUCCUUUCUUACUUCAGAACCAGUACGAGCCCGUCCAGCCGCACUGGUUUUACUGCAAGGAGGUCGAAUACAAGCAAGUGUGGAUGCCUUUCAGUGUGUUUGACUCUUUGAACCUCGAAGAAGUCUAUAAUUCAGUGCAGCCAGACCCCGAGAGUGUGGUCCUCGGCACGGACGGGGGGCGCUACGACGUGCACCUCUACGACCGAGUGAGGAGAGCCGUGUACUGGGAAGAGGGGCCCGCCGAGGUGAGGCGCUGCACUUGGUUUUACAAGGGGGACACGGACAGCAGAUUCAUUCCCUACACAGAGGAGUUCAGCGAAAAACUAGAGGCUGAAUACAAAAAAGCUGUAACCACAAAUCAGUGGCACCGCAGAUUAGAAUUUCCAAGUGGGGAGACAAUUGUUAUGCACAAUCCAAAGGUUAUUGUUCAGUUCCAGCCUUCCUCAGUGCCCGAUGAGUGGGGGACCACACAGGAUGGACAGACGAGGCCCAGGGUUGUAAAGCGCGGGAUCGAUGAUAACCUUGAUGAAAUUCCCGAUGGGGAGAUGCCCCAGGUCGACCAUUUGGUGUUCAUGGUGCACGGCAUCGGACCUGUGUGCGACUUGCGCUUCAGAAGCAUCAUUGAAUGUGUGGAUGAUUUUAGGGUGGUUUCACUCAAAUUGCUGCAGACGCAUUUCAAGAAAUCGUUAGAAGAUCGGAAGAUAAGCCGAGUGGAGUUCCUUCCGGUCCACUGGCACAGUGCGCUGGGCGGGGAUGCCACGGGCGUUGACAGGAAUAUUAAGAAAAUCACUUUAUCAAGUAUUGGUCGGUUCCGUCACUUUACCAACGAGACCUUGCUGGAUAUUCUGUUUUACAGUAGCCCCACCUACUGUCAGAAGAUCGUGGAAAAGGUGGGCAUGGAGAUAAACCGUCUGCACGCACUCUUUAUGAGUCGGAACCCAGACUUCAAAGGAGGCGUCUCUGUUGCUGGGCACAGUUUAGGUUCUUUAAUAUUGUUUGACAUCCUGUGUAAUCAGAAAGAUUUGGCUUCAACUGAGUCUCCAAGGCCUUUUGCAGUUGCUAAUGGAGCUGUGAAGCAGCCGCAUUUUCAGGAGAAGCAGAUGCAUGAGGAGCCAAAGCUGACCUUGGAUGAGUCUUGUGAUCUUGAUGUUGAAAAUGAAGAAGUCCUAACUUUGCAAGAAACUCUGGCAGCACUUAGCCUCUCUGAAUACGUUAGCACUUUUGAAAAGGAAAAGAUUGAUAUGGAAUCUCUGCUCAUGUGUACAGUUGAUGAUCUGAAGGAAAUGGGAAUACCUCUGGGACCCAGAAAGAAGAUAGCUAACUUUGUAAAGCAUAAAGCCGUCAAACUGGAACAGAAGAAAGCGGCCUCAGAAAAGAGGGCGAUGAUGGUGGCGUCGGCAAAGGGACCAGAGGACGGCGCCCAGAAACCGAAGGAAACGGCGUCCAGGAGGAAACCCCCGCUUGGCGCUUCUGCUUCGUCUGUGCACGUCAGCUACGAGUCCUUCGAGGUCGGCACCGGACAGGUGUCUGUCGUUUACAGCCCGUUAGACUUUGAACCAGAGAUUUUCUUUGCCUUGGGGUCUCCAAUUGGUGUGUUUCUCACUAUUCGAGGAGUGGAUCGGAUAGAGGAGAGCUACAGACUUCCCACCUGCAAAGGGUUCUUCAACAUUUACCAUCCGCUCGAUCCAGUGGCGUACAGACUAGAACCCAUGAUUGUUCCAGAUUUGGACCUAAAAGCCGUUCUCAUUCCACAUCACAAAGGCAGAAAAAGGCUUCAUUUAGAGCUGAAAGAAAGCCUCUCCCGCAUGGGCUCCGAUUUGAAGCAGGGCUUCAUCAGCUCUUUGAAAAGCGCGUGGCAGACGCUAAACGAGUUUGCUCGUGCCCACACCUCUUCUGCUCAGUUGCAAGAGGAACUGGAGAAGGUGGCCCAUCAGAUCGAGGAAGAAGAGGAAAAGCGAGUCGUUGAAGCAGAAAAGAUUGUUGAAAGCCCAGAUUUUUCCAAGGACGAGGACUGCUUAGGGAAGGUCGGAAUGCUAAACGGAGGCCGCCGCAUUGACUACGUCCUUCAGGAAAAGCCGAUAGAGAGCUUUAACGAGUACCUUUUCGCCCUUCAGAGCCAUUUAUGCUACUGGGAAUCUGAAGAUACUGCCCUGUUAUUGCUUAAAGAAAUUUAUCGGACAAUGGACAUUAGCCCAGAGCAGCCCCAGCAUUGACUGGACUUCAGUCUCCCCGUAAUCUUUAAAAUUGGAAUGCAUCUUGAAAUCAGCUGUUGCCUGGAUGAAGCUGAGCUCUUCCCAGCGUGGUUUGCAGUUCUGCAGCCGGUCACUGGGGGGCACUGCCGACCUGAGUCUACCGAGCUCAUUUCUCUGAGAUUUUGUUGGACUGUGCUGGUGGUGUGAACUUAGACCACAAAAUUUGCAGGCGGGACAGGGUGGGUGUAUCAAUUCAAAUACCAGGGAAAUUUUCCCCUCUUCCCAUAAUUAAGGAGGAGGUAAAAAAACUUCUUUGUCAUCCCUUCUGUGGGAAGGGUUAUUUUUUUACCCUUCGUUGAGGUUGUAGCCAUUCGAUUUCCUCACUUUUUGUGAAGGCCUCUGUCUCCUUUUAGAUUUCCUGUCCUGGGCAUCUUUUCUUUGCACGGUAUAUAAAAUAAUGUUGCAUUAGAUUCAUUGAAGUAUGGUGUUUUGCUGUAACUUUAUAGUUUUUACUGUCUGACAGUACAGGUUAUCAGUAGCUGAUAGUCUUGGCGAUUAUUCCAGAUGAAUUUUGAAAUGAUUUAAGUUCCCCAAGAGGCUCUGCCCACAAAACGAACACAACUCUAAACUACACAGUCCUCAAACUUUAAUAUUACCUAAUAUGAAAAAGUAAGAACCAUGCACACUUAGUUUGCAUACUGUUCAUUGUUUUAUUUCUUCAUGUACUUUGUUGUAAAGUUUAGGCAAGAAUUUAAGCUCCCAGUACACUCCUGAUACUAUAAAGUAAUUAAUUUAAAAUACCGACAGUUCUUCCACACGUGGUUCACUCGAGCAGAGAUCGGUUUGCUGAGUUCUUUCAUGUUCAUCUCAUUUACUCCUCUGUAUUCCUGUUCUUCAAAAGGCCCCAGGUUAACCCGUCAAGAGCUUUCUUUUACUUGCUACACUCACUGCGUUAUGAAGAUGUCCUGCUAGUUAGCCUCACGGCGCGGCCCUGGCUGCACUUGCGUCCCCUCCCUGCCCAGGGCCCGUCCGAGGGCUGGCGCUCUGGCCCGAGCUGUCCGGGGGCACUUCACGGUACGGACGGCAUGUUCUUCUGGUUCCGGAAGGAGCGGCGUGCGUUACUGUUUUCUUACUGUGAGCUCGUGAAGUUCACCACGGAUUCUUCUCCUCCUUCAAAGACUUCCUUGUCUCCCCAGAAAGCCACAGUGUAAAUGUCAUUGCUCAGAAAAUCCUCAGAGGACAUUCCCGGUUCGCUCCUGUGAUGGGUGACAGAAGUGAUGCAUUGACAGUUGCUCAGACGUGAUUCUCAGAUGCAGGGACUCGUGGGAAGGAAAACACAGAACAAAAAGAUGGUGGACACAGCGCCACAUUCUGACGGUGUAGAUGAGAAACGUAACCACCAGGAUGACGCGGGUAGACACCCCUCCCGUCCGUCAGUGGCACAGCUGUCAAAGCGGUGUGUGAUGCAGCAGGACGUGUGGCCUGCAGAUGGCUGUUGCUGUUUCCCAAAAGCCCACGGUCCGUCCCGUUAAGCUUGCUUUUUUUGUUGUAGUAUGUUCUUUUAUUCGAGUAUGGAUUUCUUGAGAAACUAUAGAAAGAUGAUUAAAAAAAUGUAUGUUCUACUUUAAAUGUGAAUUGUUCUGAGAUGCUUUACUGUAGGGUCAUUUGUGUUUGUUAAGAGGCAGUAACCGAGAUCGUUUGUGCUCCAAGUUGAAGCGGAGUUUGUGUGAAGCCUUUGGAGCCGUCGCCGGCCGCGCGGCUGGGGAAGGAGACGCACGGAAGCCCUCGGCAGCUCUUCCAGCAGCACGCCCACUGCCACUGGGGUGGGGAACGCAGGGGAGGGUUCCCUCGGGGUUCUGGGGGGUGGCUGCAAGGUCGCCUCAUCGCUGCAGUUCCAGUUAAUGUGAGAGCCAAACUAGAGAUUUCAUGGUUUGUGGUCUUUUUGGCUUUGUAUGAAUUAAUUUCACUGACACCAAAGUAUUUGAAAGUAUGAAAUGUAUUGCUUCUGGACCAUGAAUCUGCAUCAUGAAAAGACUGUUCUGUAAUACUUCAUUUUGUUUUACUGUAUCUUCAAAUUAUCUUAACUAUUUUCCUAAUACUACAUGGGAAUGCUGAUUUUUCUUCUUUUGUUAUGCAGUAGAAACAUUUUACACUGUUUACAUAGUUCUCAUGGGACACAGAAUUUUUUGAAAGCAACCAAUGAUACACAUUUUUGUGUAUAUAUUCUAAUUAGUUGAAUAAAAAGUAACAUCAGUGCAUUUUUUUAAGCAGCAAA